GAAGGGAAUUGAAGGAGAAGCAGCUGCACUAGCAGCAGCAGCAGCAGACUUUCCACUUGAACCUCCAAAAAGGGACACAGCUCUGUCAACACGUCGAUUUUAGCCCAGUGAGACCUACGUUGGACUUCUGACCUGCAGAACUGAAAAGCCAUGGAGACUUCAGUAUCCCCCUCCCAGCCUCAAGACAACAGUCAAGUCCACAGAGAAACGGAAGAUCUAGACUAUGGAGAGACAGAUUUCCAUAAGCAAGAUGGGAAGGCUGGACUAUUUUCCCAAGAACAGUAUGAAAGAGACAAGUCUUCUUCCUCCUCCUCCUCUUCCUCCUCAUCCUCUUCUUCCUCCUCCUCCUCCUCAGAGAGCAGCGAUGAAGACCAGCACCCCAGAGCAACCAGAAAACGUCGACGGAGCCUGGGGGCUGGACACCCCCAUGGGAACAGCUCACCCGGUCCUGGGCAUGGGGAGCCUGACGUUUUGAAGGAUGAGCUUCAGCUCUACGGAGAUGCUCCAGGAGAGGUGGUACCCUCUGGGGAAUCAGGACUCCGAAGGAGAGGCUCUGACCCAGCAAGUGGAGAAGUGGAGGCCUCUCAGUUAAGCAGACAGAAUAUAAAGAAAGAUGAUGAGUUUUUCCAUUUCGUCCUCCUGUGCUUUGCCAUCGGGGCCUUGCUGGUGUGUUAUCACUAUUACGCAGACUGGUUCAUGUCUCUUGGGGUCGGCCUGCUCACCUUUGCCUCCCUGGAAACUGUUGGCAUCUACUUUGGACUAGUGUACCGCAUCCACAGCGUCCUGCAAGGUUUCAUCCCCCUCUUCCAGAAGUUCAGGCUGACAGGGUUCAGGAAGACUGACUGAGGCCACUGCCAGGUGGGCAGCAGAGGCAGGCCCCACUGUGACCACCACUGCGACACCUGAGCCCACAAGGACAGACCGGCAUUCUGAGAGAUGCGCAGGAGAGCAAGCCAGACCAAUAAAAAGAACGCUUUUCCUUCCA